AUGAAGAGGAAUCGAACUGAAUCUGGGGGAGAGCCAACGGACGGAGGAUUCUAUUGGCUGCACCAGCCGAAAUUCAACAUUGUUCUACAGGUCAGAACGACACUGUGUCAAGACGUCCAGUUAGAUCCAAGACUUAAAAACAUGUUGCCCUGGCCCGAGGAUUUCGACGGCCUUAUUAAGCCCAUUAUAGUUCAGCUGCAGACGACACCGGAAAAGCCCCGACUAGUAACCACUUGGGGCAUGUUAUGCACUUGUCCACGCAGAGAUUCGGAACGUCCAGCACCGACGCAACUACGAGGUAUGUGA